AGCGUUAUUUAGUCGUGGGAACUCUCUUGGCACUUUGUCGGCGCGCCAUGGAAUCUCUCAUCGCUUGGUGAGGGCUAGGGGAUCUCUCGAUCGGGCAUAGGGUUUUGUGGUUUUGGAGCUGGAUUUAAUCUUCAGGGGAGUUUUCUUGUAACUCUUGCUCGAAUUACUGAGGAAAUUUGGCGUUUUUGUUGGAUUUUUUGAGUGAGUUUAGGUGAUCUCUGGUUUUGGGAAUCUAGGGUUACGGGUUAUUGAUCUUUUGGUUUAUAUUUGUGGGGUUUGGAGUUGGUUUGGGUUUUUUUAAUUUGUUUUUGUUGGGAAUUUGGUGGGGUUGAAGGAGGGUGGACUAGAGUUCAGGGUGAUUUGGGGAGAGUUUUUGGGGGAGUUUGGGGGUGUGAGUUGGUCUUCAAUAUGGGAAUUUUAGGUGAGUUCUAGUUUUGUUGGGAUUGAAAUGUAAAGGCUUUUUAGAGAACUUGAGCUGCUGGAGUGGUUUCUAUUGGUUGCUUGAUUUGCUGGAUAUGGUUUUCUAUUUUUGCAUUGAUUUGAUUCCAGGAGUUUUAGCAUCUUGCUGGGGACUUUGUAAAGGGUUUUGAUUAGGCUAUGUGGGUUUCAUUUGUGUGGAUCCAUGGUUGUGUUGGUGUGAUGUUUUUGGAUUUCUGGGGGCGCAGUGAGGCUGAUUAGGAUUCCUGGAACCCUGAGUGUUUUUGUUGGUGUUUGGUGGCUUUGAAGGUCUGUUACAGACAUGGAGGCUCGACUUGGUGGUGAAAGCCAUCAGCUUUAUGGCGUGGGACCUUCAGAGGUGAAUGGGCGUGGAGGAAAGAGCCUGGAGUGGGAUUUGAAUGACUGGAACUGGGAUGGGGAUCGCUUUCGGGCGAUCCCACUGAAUGCUAGCCCUUCUGAUUGUAGGAGCAAACAAUUGCCGCAUGUUUUAGCAGCCAGAGGGUUGUCAAAUAACUCAUCUUCUUGCUCGGAGGGAACUGAACUUGCAAUUGUUGGGAAAGGGAAAGGCACAUUGGAGAAGCGGCGGAGGGCUGCAGUUGUUGGAGAUGAUGAACCUAAUGAUGAAGUUGGAUCUUUUUCAUUGAAGCUAGGGGGACAUGAUUAUCCUGUGGUGGAAGCAGACCUGGCUAAUUGGGAUGGAAAGAACGGGAAGAGGAGCAAGCUGCAGGGUGCUAGUGCAAAUCGCUCUGCAUGCCAAGUGGAGGGUUGUGCUGCUGACCUGAUUGAUGCCAAGGACUAUCAUAGACGUCACAAGGUGUGUGAGAUGCAUGCCAAGGCGAGCAGCGCUGUGGUUGCUAAUGCUGUGCAGCGUUUCUGUCAGCAAUGUAGUAGGUUUCAUCUUCUCCAAGAGUUUGAUGAUGGUAAAAGAAGCUGUCGUCGACGUUUGGCAGGACACAACAGGCGGAGGAGGAAAACACAUCCUGAUGCCGCUGUCAGUGGGAAUGGUUUGACUGAUGAACGGGCUAGCAGCUAUCUCCUGAUAAGCCUACUAAGAAUCCUCACCAAUUUGCACACUGAUGAUUCUGACAAGUCAAAAGAUCAGGACCUUCUUUCCCAUCUCUUGAGGAACCUUGCGAGCCUUGCUGGUUCACUUGAUUCACAAAACCUCUCCGGACUUCUCCGGGCAAAUGAAGAUACACGUAAAACUGGAAGUGGUACGGCAACAGCAUCAGAAGCUUUGCUUUCAAAUGGCACUGCUGUACAAAAAUCCUCCGGGCCCUUAUGUGGUCCUUCAACUGUGACUUAUAUGAACGGAACUCAAAACCUUACUAUGCCACCUGCUGAUCAGUCUUUAUCUGUUCCUGCGGCUACAGUGGAGAUGCCUGUGAACAGAAAUGUUAGGGAAGAAGCUUUUGUGGAGGCCAGGCCACCCGUUAGUUCAAAAACAUCUACAGUCUUAGUGCCCGGAAAAGAUGCAGUGUCUGCUAAACCAGCAGCAGCAGCAGCAACAAUGUUAAGCUUACUCCCGGAAAUGGUACCUGCAGGAUCUGUAUCAAAGAAAAUGCAGUUAAAGGAUUUUGAUUUGAAUGACACAUAUGAUGAUACGGAAGAAUGCAUCAGGAGAUGUGAGCAGUUGGCAAUGCCUGCAACUAUGGAGGCUGGGUCUCCUACUUGUAUGUCGUGGAUGAUGCCAGAUUCUCAUCAUUCAAGUCCCCCACAGACAAGUGGUAAUUCUGAGCCGACAUCUACUCAAUCACUGUCUAGUUCCAAUGGAGAUGCUCAGAGUAGGACUGAUAGAAUUAUUUUCAAGCUAUUUGGUAAAGACCCCAGGGACUUCCCUAUUGAUUUGAGAACACAGGUCUUUAAUUGGUUAUCCCACAGUCCUACGGAGAUGGAGAGCUACAUCAGACCUGGUUGUAUUAUCUUAACUAUUUAUCUUCGCUUACCUGAGUCGGAAUGGAAGGAGCUUUAUCAAGACCUGAGCUCUGGCCUUCAUAAGCUUCUGCAAAUAUCUGAUGGUGACUUCUGGAGAUCAGGAUGGAUAUAUGCUAGGGUGCAGCAUCAAAUUGCAUUUCUUUACAAUGGUCGGGUUGUGCUUAACACACCUUUACUUCUCAAGAGUCCUAGAUACUUGGACGUUUUAUGCAUCAGUCCUAUUGCGGUUCCUACUGCCUCGAGGGUAAACUUCAAAGUGAAAGGAUUUGGUAUGACUCAAUCAACUGUUAGGAUACUUUGUGCAUUUGAGGGGAAGUAUUUGGUUCAGGAGACAUUGCAAGCUUUGGUUGAAGGAAGAAAUGAUGGCAGGGAGUGUGGAGGUUCCCAGUGCCUCAGUUUCUCAUGUUCACUUCCCAAUACAUCGGGGAGAGGAUUCAUAGAGGUUGAAGAUCAUGGUCUUAGCAGCAUCUUCUUUCCAUUUUUAGUUGCAGAAGAAGAUGUUUGUUCUGAGAUUCGAAUGCUGGAGGGGGCCAUUGAUGUUGACUCAAAUGAUGUCCAUCUUCAGGAGCAAAUCGAUGUAAUGAAUGCAAGAAAUCUGGCUAUGGAGUUUUUGCAUGAGAUGGGUUGGUUUCUCCGAAGAAGCCAAUUAAUGUCUAGAGUUAAAGAAGUAGGUUCUUGCCCGAACACCUUUCCUUUGACUCGAUUUUGGUGGCUUAUGUCCUUCGCUGUUGAUCGGGAAUGGUCUGCUGUGGUCAAGAAACUGCUGGAUCUCUUAUUUCAAGGAAUUGUUGAUUUAGGGAACAUUUCUCCUAGUAGUGUUCUCUCAUCAUCAGAUCUGCUUCACAGUGCUGUUAGGAAGAAGUGCAAGUCAAUAGUGGAAGUCCUGUUGAGAUAUGCACCAACUUCGGCUUUGAAAGGGACAAGUGAUGGCAACUAUCUGUUUCGACCUGAUAUGCCAGGCCCCUUGAAUAUUACUCCUCUUCAUAUUGCUGCUUCAAACAGUGGUGCUGAGAACAUUUUGGACUCCUUGACUAAUGAUCCUGGACAGUUGGGGAUUACAGCUUGGAGAAGUGCUCGUGACAGCACUGGUUUCUCUCCUGAGGACUACGCCCGGUCAAGAGGUUAUGAAUCUUAUCUCCAGUUGGUUCAAAAGAAAAUCAACAGGCAGUUCGAUAAAGGCAGUGUAGUCCUUGACAUUUCUGGCAGUUCAUUAGCUACUAAUUCCUCUCAAAAGCAAUUGGACAACCUCUGUUCCAGUAAACUAAGUGGCUUUCAGAUUGAUAUGAGGAAAAUGGAACAUAUUAUUCGACCUGCCUGCAAGCUCUGUGCUCAGCAAGUGAUUUACCGCAGCCCUGUAGGUCGAUCACUACUUUACCGGCCAGUGAUGCUCUCGAUGGUGGGUAUUGCAGCUGUUUGCGUGUGCGUCGGCUUGCUCCUUAAGAGCCCUCCCUUAGUUCUUUAUCUUAACCAUCCAUUCAGGUGGGAGUCUUUGGGUUAUGGUUCAAUAUGAGAGUUCUUUUGCCAUCAACCAUGGGCUUAUGCUCUGAUAAAAUUGAGUAGUUAUUAGUGUAUAUUGUUUGAGUUUUCUUGUAGAAUUUGUGAUCAAAGACCCUCUGAUCUGUAUGACACUGUAUGAUAAUAAUUACAAUUUCUAUAAAAUUAAAACGAAGCUGUUUUUUUUUCCCUUUCA